UAAACAUAUGCUUAGGCCAAGUACUAUGAAAUGUCAUAUGGUUUGAAUAUUGAAAUGCACAAACAGACAGAAAUUGCUAAAAGGCUGAAUACAAUCUUAGCGCAGAUCAUGCCUUUUCUGUCACAAGAGCACCAACAGCAAGUCGCACAGGCUGUUGAGCGUGCCAAGCAAGUGACAAUGACGGAGUUGAAUGCUAUCAUCGGGGUACGUGGACUUCCCAAUCUGCCUCUCACCCAGCAGCAGCUCCAGGCCCAGCACCUCUCGCACGCCGCGCACGGCCCCCCRGUGCAGCUGCCGCCGCAUCCCUCGGGCCUGCAGCCGCCGGGCAUCCCGCCGGUGAGCGGCAGCAGCUCGGGGCUGCUGGCCCUGGGCGCCCUGGGCAGCCAGGCGCACCUCGCCGUCAAGGACGAGAAGAACCACCACGACCUGGACCACCGAGAGCGGGACUCGAGUGCAAAUAAUUCUGUUUCGCCCUCGGAAAGCCUGAGAGCCAGCGAGAAGCACCGGAGCUCCACGGACUACAGCAUCGACUCCAAGAAGCGGAAAGCGGAGGAGAAGGACAGCAUGAGCCGAUAUGACAGCGACGGUGACAAAAGCGACGACUUGGUCGUGGACGUGUCCAACGAGGACCCCGCCACCCCGCGCGUCAGCCCGGCCCAUUCCCCUCCGGAGAACGGCCUGGACAAAGCGCGGGGGCUGAAGAAGGGCGAGGCGCCCACCAGCCCGGCCUCGGUCGCCUCCUCCAGCAGCACUCCCUCCUCCAAGACUAAAGACCUGGGACACAAUGAUAAAUCAUCAACGCCCGGGCUCAAGUCCAACACUCCGACGCCGAGGAACGACGCUCCGACCCCAGGAACGAGUACGACUCCAGGCCUCCGGCCGAUGCCCGGCAAGCCGGCAGGCAUGGACCCGCUGGCCUCGGCCCUGAGGACGCCCAUCUCCAUCGGGGGCUCGUACGCCGCCCCCUUCGCCAUGAUGGGGCACCACGAGAUGAACGGCUCGCUGACCAGCCCCGGCGCCUACGCCGGCCUGCACAACAUCCCGCCGCAGAUGAGCGCGGCCGCCGCCGCCGCCGCYGCCUACGGCCGGUCGCCAAUGGUGAGCUUUGGAGCUGUCGGCUUUGACCCGCACCCGCCCAUGAGGGCACCCGGCCUGCCCACCAGCCUGGCCUCCAUCCCCGGCGGGAAGCCCGCCUACUCGUUCCACGUGAGYGCCGAYGGGCAGAUGCAGCCCGUGCCCUUUCCCCACGACGCGCUGGCGGGCCCCGGCAUCCCGCGGCACGCGCGGCAGAUCAACACGCUGAGCCACGGCGAGGUGGUGUGCGCCGUCACCAUCAGCAACCCCACGCGGCACGUCUACACCGGCGGCAAGGGCUGCGUCAAGAUCUGGGACAUCAGCCAGCCGGGCAGCAAGAGCCCCAUCUCGCAGCUGGACUGCCUGAACAGGGACAACUACAUCCGCUCGUGCAAGCUCCUGCCCGACGGGCGCACGCUCAUCGUGGGCGGCGAGGCCAGCACGCUCACCAUCUGGGACCUGGCGUCCCCCACGCCGCGCAUCAAGGCCGAGCUCACGUCCUCGGCGCCCGCCUGCUACGCGCUGGCCAUCAGCCCCGACGCCAAGGUCUGCUUCUCGUGCUGCAGCGACGGCAACAUCGCCGUGUGGGACCUGCACAACCAAACGCUCGUCAGGCAAUUCCAAGGCCACACGGACGGCGCCAGCUGCAUAGACAUCUCGCAUGACGGUACGAAGCUGUGGACGGGGGGCCUGGACAACACGGUGCGUUCGUGGGACCUGCGGGAAGGGCGGCAGCUGCAGCAGCACGACUUCACGUCCCAGAUCUUCUCGCUGGGAUACUGCCCGACGGGCGAGUGGCUGGCGGUGGGCAUGGAGAGCAGCAACGUGGAGGUGCUGCACCACACCAAGCCCGACAAGUACCAGCUGCACCUGCACGAGAGCUGCGUGCUCUCCCUCAAGUUCGCCUACUGCGGGAAAUGGUUUGUGAGCACCGGGAAGGACAACCUGCUCAACGCCUGGAGGACGCCCUACGGAGCGAGCAUAUUCCAGUCCAAGGAGUCUUCGUCCGUGCUAAGCUGCGACAUUUCAGCGGAUGACAAGUACAUCGUAACCGGCUCUGGUGACAAGAAGGCCACAGUGUACGAGGUCAUCUACUAGCCGCGGCCUUUCCC